GUUCUGUGAUGCAGACCUGGGCCUGCUCCCUUCUGCCAAGCGGAACUCCAAGGACUCAGUUGCCUGAGUGAUUCAGAGGAUGGAAAAUCAGAAAAGCAUUGGUGCAAUGUGGCAGAGCCUCAGCUGCACCUCCUGGGGAACAAACAUCAUCCUUGUCUUCCUGUGCGGCCUGGGCCUCUUCCUCCUGUCAUUCAUCCACAGCACUCCACCCUCACCACCUCCUAAGAGAAAGGGGACCAUCAGGAAGUGUCAAGGGCACACAAGGAGGAGAAUCAAGAGCAGGAAGAAGAGCAGAGCUCUGAAAGGUAAGGCCCUGACCGUCCACCUGAAGCCCCCACAGGGAGAUGAACACAAUCCAGCCCCUGCUGGGGGCCACCAGCAUCAUGGGGAGCCCAAGGAAGAUGCUUCUCCUGUCACCUCGUCCCCACUGCCUUCCCCGGCUCUGCUAACCCAGCACCCUCCUGCCCCGGCCUCCCGCCCGUCAGAAAGACCUCAACAAGUCCAGUCUGACAUGAAGAGCACCCCGGCAGGCCCUGCCCCAGACAGCGCCCCUCCAGGUAACUCCUGCUUGGCCUCUCUCGGCACGGCCACAAAGGGCUUGGACCGCGUAAGCGGCUCCAUUGCAUUCUUCUCCUGGUGGUGGCCGACCGCCAAGGCCUUGCUCCUGUUCACCUCACCACAUGGCAGAUGCCGGCAAGAGCCUCUUUCCCAGCACCCACCAGAGGCCUCGCCCUGGGGAGACGCCGCACGCGGGCAGGCAGAGGCUGGCGGCCCUCCUUUCAUCAACCCGGAUGUCCAGAGGCUGCUAGAAAUCCUCAUCUCCAGGAGAGCAGAGCUGAUGCUGAAAGCAGAAGAGAAGACAGGGUCCCUGCUGGGCCAGAUGCGCCCGGGCUCCCUCCUGAGUUCUCUGGGAGCUCUCUUCUGGAGACCAAGGCACAAAUGCACACAGCUGCAGGGGCCUCAGCGGCUCUCUGCCCCCCCGGUCUUUGGGGAUCACUUAGAGAAGAAAUGCAGCCAGCUCUUCUGGGGCCUCCCCUCUCUGCACAGCGAGUCACUAGUGGCUACGGCCUGGGUCUCUAAGGGGCCUUCCCUUUCAAGAGCUCCCACGGUUAGGUUCAAUGUCAACUCUCGUUCCUCUCCAGUUCAAACUCAGUCCUCAGAUCCUCCACUGCUUUCCCAAUCCCAACCCUUGCCUCCUAACCAUUUGAAUCAACCCCAACCUCUGACUGAAAAGUUGCCAAUACAUCUGCGUCAGGUGCCGACCCCAGUCCAGCUCCCUUGCUCUUUCCCAAGCCUACCAAGCCCCUCCCUACACAAGGGUAGGACAUGUAGAUCGUCCUGCCCUACCUCCCAGGAUAAGGCUCGCUCUAUCAUCCCAACUGACAAUCAAGAAAUGGAUUGGCCUUUGCAGAUGCCACUACAGCGGAAGUGGGCUGCUCACUCUUUUCUCCAAAACCCUCAAGAAGGUGCUGGCCAACCCACACCCAGCCUCCCCCAGGGCAGCUGGGCCUCCCAAACCAGGAAGUCCACCUCUGCCUUUCCUGGGGAAACUAUCAGCCCUGAGCUCCACAGGCAGUCUGAACAACAAAGUCAAGCAAGGCUUCUCAAAGAUAAACCCCAGGAUGGCUUCCUUUACAGAAUCCAACCACAUCAGAAACUGUUGCACCCUCGGGGCAAAUUCUCAAGGACCUGCCCAUUCCAGGGAAUGGAAAAACAAGGCUGCUCACAGCCGUCCCUGCCCUCUGCAGGUAAAAGCAUCAAGGAUGUGAAGACAGUGGAGCCCAUGCAAUGCAGAAGACUCCACAGAAAGGAUGCAGUAGGGCUCAAACUAGACAAACAAAGCGAGGCUCUAGGGCAAGAUGAAGAUGACAAAAAAGACCUAUCCUGGAUUCCAGAGAGCACCUCAGUGAAGGUUCUGGAAGAUGACAAGGAGGAAGCAGAACGUAACUUUUUCAAGCCCAGGAAGCAUGAGGAUAGGAGCUAUAAACCCAGGGUCCCAGAAAAGGAAGAUCUCAAAAAAGACCUGAAAGUCCAUUUGGAAAAGAAGUUGGGGCAGAUCAAGAAGGGUCAAAUCCCUGUGAGGGUGCAUCGAUCCUGGCUUACUGCUAACUUUGCAUUUCCCAAUUACAACACCCACAUGAAACCCAGAAAUCCAGCAGACCUGAAAGGUCACAACUCCUCGGUGAACACCUCCCAGAAGACCUACUUUGUCAAUCCUUUCACUCGAAACUUGCUAGAAACACACAUUGGAAGGUUUCCAGUGAGGCGAGGGUGGAAUCUAUACUACCAGACCCUCAAGCACACAAAUCUCAACUCAGGUGCAGUUCAAGUUUCACAGCACCCGCAGCCCAAAUUUCCCUCUUCAGCUUCCCGGGAGUCAGGGGCCAACGUGAAAGUCAAGGCUGCCAAUGCCCUAGGAGACCCUCACAAAGGUCUAGGAGAGAAGAUGAUGGCAAAAAAGUCAGUUCCACCCCCAGAGAGACCUGUCAUCGCCCCCUCCUCUGUGUAUAAGGAAGCCAAGAAGACCCUGACAGUGACCCCAUCCGGUGGCACCCGUAGGCUCUCGGAGGCCCCUGGAACCAGACAAGAGGCCAAACUUCCUAGUGAGUCUCUCAAGGAUAGCCUUCUGGACAGAUUCCAGCAGAGCAAGACUGCUCAGGGAGCUAGGAGAGGCAGCCUAGCAUGGAGGAAAAGUACGACAACAGCCAAGAAUGAACCUCAAGAGAUUGGGCACCUGGCCCCCCCAGACCAUUACAAACCCGAAACGCAGAUCAGUAGAGUAUCCCAGGCUACAGGGGCAAAAGAAAUCAGGGGUGCAUUGGAGGCUGAGGAGAAGCCCCUCACGUGGGAAGCCACCAGGGAAGCCAACAUGAUGAUCUCCCAAACCAUCAACGUGAAUCUGAGUUUAGAACCUUUGGGGGACGGUCAAUGCCCCCAAACCUCACGAAUGCCUAUUGGCUACCGCACAGGACAGCCAGGCCUGGAAAGAGAGGUUGUCAAUGAAGUGGAAGUCCAAGUGGAGGUGGAGUCAGAGAAUCAGCCUCAAGGCCAGGACACUGAUAUCGUCUAUCAAGACUACACUGUUGAGGUGCACCCCGUCACAGACAUCUUGGCUUCUCAGGCCUCUUCAGACACUCCAAAGAGCAUGUCCAGUAGCAACAUAUCAGCUUCCCAGGGGCUUCACGACCACCUACUGAAGGCAGGGUGGAGCCAGAGGCAGCAGGAGCCCAGGAGCCCAAAAGUGAGAUCCCCAUGGAAGAGUGAGAACAACAUGUUCAGUCCUUCUGACAAGAGGGAGGACUGCAGGAGACUCAGACCAGGAGAUCAUGAAGAAAGAGCUGCAGGACAAAGGGCCACGCAUGCCUGUGGGAUGAGCCACCCUGCCUGGAACAGGGAAACAGGAGACACCCUGGUUAAAAAGUCUUCACCAUUCCUGCCAAAGAGGAGACAAGAACCACUAGAAAGCCACAACAAAAAAAUAAUAAGGCCCUUUAUGCAGCAUUCUACCCCUACCCAAAGAGGCUCACGGUGGGAAGAUACCCUGCCCAGAGACAGGCCUGUAUCAGCAACUGCUGGGGGCCAAGGAUCACACUUAGGCAGGUUGUUCACAGAAAAGAGAGAGGCUCAGGCACAGGCCCUCACCACAGUUGUGGGAAAGAUUGUGGUGGACCAACUGGGGCUUCCAUAUGCACAUGUUCCCUCAGAGUUCAAUUGGUACACAGAGGAAACCCAGGUCCCACUGGAGAACUCCAGAGACAUCUCCUCAGAGGACCCCCCCCCCACCGAGUCAUCUACAGAGACCACCCCAGGACCUGUGCCAGAGAUCCCCACAGAGCCAGGGGAUUCACUCAGCAAUCCCUGUCCGCUCCAGUUAAGCCUGCGGUUUUCAGAGUGA